CAUUGCGAUUUGCGACGCAUGCCCAACACUUGAUUGCAAUAAAUAAUUAAUCUAUCUUAUUCCAAGUCAAUGAAAGUCACAUUUCAAUUGUACACAGUCAACACUUCCUAUUUAACUGCUUGAGAAUUGAGAUUGUGGACUAUGGAGUAUGGAGUAUGGAGUGGUUAGGACUUAGGAAUAGUUUGAUCAUUAGGGCUUCAUUUUUCCUUUCCAAGGAGAAGAAAUACUAUUUCCAGAAUUAGGAGGCCUUGUGCUAAGUAUAAAACAAAGGUCCUCAGCUCUUCAUCCCGAGCUCUUCAUCCAUGGAGGUAGUCGCUUUCACCUCUAUCUCCUACGCUUAAUUAUCACCGCUCUGCCACAUGGUAGUGAUUUUGAAAGUAUAUCCAGAAGGGAUGCUUGAGAGGAAUUUUGUAGUUCAUCCCUUAUGGCCAGUAUGCAAUUGGAGGAUAUUUGAUGUAAGGCCUUAGUUCUCUUAUUUCACUUUACCAAAGCGCAGGAGAUGAGGCGAAAUAUUUGAUUCUGAGCAUCUUAAACCCUUAUUUCAUGCUGUUUUUUCAAUUUAAUUUUGUCUCAAUUUCUUGAUAGAUCAUAGUAAUUGCAGAAAUUAGCAAAGUUCAUUGAAUUUAUCGAUUCCUUAAUUCAAUUCUUCCUUCUCUCUUUCAUAACUGGAUUUUUUGUUUUAUAAUUCACUUACUGAUUUAAUACUUAAAAAAUUAGGGUAUCUCCGGCUGAAUUUUGGUGGAUAGAGAGGAUUUUGGCAAUUAUUAGCUUAGCUUUAGAGUUUUAACAAAUUAGUUGUUUGCAAUUCUAAGCACAACCAGUAAAUUGUUAGUAUUAUGCUGACGCCUCAUAUUUUGAGGAUAUGAAAUUGCCACAUUAAACGACCUUUUACUAGUGUGACGGCCUUUUCGAGAGGUCCUAGAAUAGAAGCAGGGUGCUUGUAUUAGUUGUAUAGGUGAUUACUCUAUUAUUUUUGGGUGGGAGCAAAGCGGUCUUUCGGGUUUGUGUACAUGAGACCUUCUCGGAGGGCAUUAUCAUCAAAACACGGACAAUGUUCGUACAUAGAAUGUCUGCUGGAGCAUAAAAAGUACAAGAAUAUUCUGAUCUGUGCAACUCAAUCCAAGCCGGAAAGUGUUAUUCGCUACCAGCAAUCUAUACAAUUGAGUUUCAAAAAAGAGGCUUGCCCCAUGCACACAUAUUGUUGUUCUUGCGAGAGGAGGACAAACCGAGAACUACGGAAGACAUAGGCAGAUUAAUUUGUGCAGAGCUUCCGGUCCCAGAAAUUGACCCAAUUGCAUUUAAUUUGCAUCAGUGUUGCAACACAUGACACAUGGUCCAUGUGGUCCGAUCAACCACAAUUCUCCAUGUAUGCAAGAUGGCCAGUGUACAAAAUAUUACCCUAAGCCAUUCACCAAUGACACAACAGUAGGGAAAGAUGGAGACCCAUACUACAGGAGAAGGGAUAAUGGAAGAACGACAAUUAAAAAUGGCAAUGUGGUUGACAACUCAUUCAUUGUGCCGUAUAAUGUAGACUUGCUGGGUAAAUAUCAGACACAUAUAAAUGUCGAGUUGUGUAACAAAUACAAUUGUGCAAAGUACCUCUUCAAAUACAUGAAUAAAGGACCUGACAUGGCUCUGGCAUCAGUACAGCAGACCAACAUUGAUGGGGAUCCACAAGCAGCGCCCAUUAUUGACGAGAUACAAUCCUACCUUAAGUGUAGAUAUGUCUCAGCAGCAGAAGCAUGUUGGAGAAUGUUCAACUUUCCAGUGCUGUAUAAAUACCCACCAGUUGAUAGGUUGAGCUACCAUUUACAAGAUCAACAAACUGUGGUGUUUCAAGACCACGAACCAUUAGAUGGUGUGCUUGAGCGAGUGGGAGACGCCAGGACUAAAUUCACAGAGUGGAUGGAGAUGAACAAGACAAACCCUCGAGCACGUGCUCUGACAUUUGACGAGUUUCCACAACAUUUCAGUAUGGGUACGGGAACUUGAAAAAUGGAAAAAACGAGAGAGGGGUUCAGUAUUGGAAGGAUUUAUUAUGCACACCCAACCUCAGGGGAACAAUACUACUUGCGUAUGCUUCUUAACAUAGUAAGAGGACCCACUUGCUAUGCGGACAUCAGAACGGUGAACAAUGUGGAAUUUCCGACAUUUAAAGAAGCAUGCAAUGCAUGGGGUCUGUUAGAGGGGGACAACGAGUGGCAUGAAGCAUUAACUCAAGCUGCAACUUGGGAAACUGCAGCACAACUGAGGGACCUCUUUGUCACUCUCCUACUAUUCUGUGAAGUGUCAAAUCCAAAGGAAUUAUGGGAAGGACACUGGAAAGAUAUGUCAGAUGACAUACUUUAUAGACAACAUAGACGGUUCAGCAACAACAACUUACCUAUCAGACAACCAGACCCAAAAUUAUUGCCUCUGUGAAAUAGAGAAAAUACUGGACACAACCAACAGAUCCCUGCGAGAAUUUCCUACCAUCCCCUAUCCAGAACCGUCUCUUAUGCAGCAAACAGACAACCCAUUGAUCAUCGAGGAGCAGAUGUACGAUGCAAAUUUGCUAGGAAGGGAAGCCUUCAACCUUGAAGAAGGACUGAAUGUGCAACAGAAAGAAGUAUAUCAGGCUAUACUACAAGCUACACACGAAAGAGCUGGUGGUUUGUUCUUCGUGUACGGAAGUGGGGGAACGGGAAAGACAUACUUAUGGCGAACACUAACAUUAAAAUUGAGGUCGGAGCACCGGAUUGUCAUAGCUGUGGCUUCAUCAGGAAUAGCAGCCCUCUUACUUCCCUCGGGUAAGACAGCCCAUUCUGCUUUUUGCAUUCCAAUCCACAUCCAUGAACGGUCAUGCUGCAGAAUCAACCAAGGUUCAAAUCUAGCACUAUUCAUAGCAGCUGCAACAUUGAUAAUAUGGGAUGAAGCACUAAUGGUACAUCGACACGCAUUCGAGGCAGUCGAUCGUACUUUUCGUGACAUAAUGCAAGUCAACAAUCCCGCUGCUAGGGAACUGGUGUUCGGUGGGAAAACAGUUGUACUCGGAGGGGAUUUUACGAAAUUCUUCCAGAUGUGCCAAGGAAAUGAAGAGGAGAUAUUGUUGAUGCAUCCAUCAGUAAAUCGCCCACUAUAUGGUCUCAAUGUAAGGUAUUCAAAUUGACAAUCAACAUGCGGCUUCAAGGUAAUGGUGGUGACUCGGGAAAUCAGGAGUUAGCUCAAUUCAGAAAAUGGGUACUAGAUUUAGGUGAUGGAAAACUUCCAGCCAUGUCAAAAGAGGGGGAAGAUGAACCAAGUUUGAUUGAAAUCCCAACUGACCUACUGGUAGUAGACGAUGGUGAUAAAAAGAAGGCCAUAAUCAACGACAUUUAUCCAAAUUUAUUGAAUAGGUACUCCGACCUAAAGUAUCUCACAGAGAGAGCGAUCCUAUCCCCAAAAAAUGAAUGGGUAGAUGAAAUUAAUAACCACAUCCUAUCCAUGAUUCCUGGUGAAGAACAGGUUUACAAAAGUGCUGACAGAAUAUGCCCCCUCACAAAUAGGAAUACAAAUGACGAGGUGUUAUACCCAUCUGAGUUCCUGAAUACUCUUGAAUUUCCAGGUAUCCCAAACCAUCAGAUUCACCUAAAGGUAGGUUGCCCCAUUAUACUCUUGAGGAACAUGAACCAAGGGAAAGGGUUGUGUAGUGGAACAAGGCUCAUUGUCAAAAGGCUAGACACUAGAGUUAUACAGGCAGAAGUUGUAACCGGAACUCAAGUUGGAAAACAGGUCGCCAUUCCAAGGUGUGAGAUGUCACCAGCUGAUAACACCUUGUCUUUCACUCUGAAACGCAGACAAUUCCAUGUGAAGUCUGCUUCGCAAUGACAAUCAACAAAAGUCAAGGCCAAACAUUCAACCGUGUAGGAGUAUACUUGCCAGAACCGGUUUUCAGCCAUGGCCAACUUUAUGUUGCAGUUUCUAGGGUCACAAGUAGAACAGGACUGCGGAUUUGUAUAGGGAGAGAUGGAAACAUCAACAAACAGAACACAAACACUAAGAAUAUGGUAUACCGGGAAAUAUUUGAAAAUUUGUAAUGAGAAAAGAACUAAGAAAGGAAAAAUGUUGUCAAAGACAGAUGAAGAAUAAUUACAAUAAAUAAUAACAAACAACUUAAACCCAUUACUAACAAAGACAAAAAAAAAACCAAACAACACUAAUUGAUUUACAAAGGAUGAUUUUGUGAGUCACUAUAUCAUUAUGUUAAAUGCUAACCGUGGAAUGUGCAGGUGAACAAAACCAAGGGUUGGAGGAUAUAACACAGUGAAUAACCAAGGAAACAGAAAUGGCAAUGGAAGGUGGAAAACAAUAUAUUUCAGAUCUGGAUACAUCAAGGAAGAACUGGACAAUAACAUCUCGCCUGACAAGGUUAUAGGAAGUAAGGUACGAUCACAAAAAUGUGGAGCCAGACACCUUGGAUAUGGUUCUUCUAGAUGAGCAGGUAAUUAAACACUACUAAAUUAUCAAUGUUCUGUAGAUAUAGUACAUCUAUGGUUUGUGGCAAAGCAUUCAUCUUACCAAGACACAGAACAACUGUAUAAUAAUAAUAAUGCAUGCUGAUGAAGCAUCACAAAUACAAGGGAAGCAUAUCCAAGCAGUGGUCCCAAAGUACUUGAUAAAAAAAUUCAAAGAAAAGCUACAAGAAGGAGAAGUUUAUUCAAUGAAACAUUUUAAUGUCGCAAAAAAUAAGCGCAAACACAAACCAGUUCAUAAUGAAUACAUCAUUUGGUUCACUUCUUAUACUUCUAUUACUUGGGAACAAACAAACGUUGACAAAAUCGGAAUGCAUUGCUUUGAGAUAAUACCCUUUCAUAAGCUACAUGAACGCAACAAUAGAUACGACAUAGUCACAGAUGUUAUUGGCUUGCUAAUUGGAGUAGAGAAUGCAGUCACAGAUGAAUAUGGCAACAUAAGAAAGAGGUUGUACAUUCAAGACCAAAGGGAGCAAAAAGUCAUGGUGACACUCUGGAACGAGAAAACAUAUUUGGUAUCGGCAGACAAUAACAACGACCAAGACCCAAAGAUACUCAUCAUCACAAGCACUCGUGUAACACAAUACAAUGGUUAGGUGAAAAUAUACCAACAGCAACACAAAUACAAAUACAAAUACCCCAACCUGAGAGUGCAAGAGAAGCAAUGGUCAAGAAUCGCAAGACGGUGGAAGAGCUACAACAACUAUAUUUGGAGCAGGCAGAAAACCAGAUUUUAAUUACCUCUCCUACACUAAAUAUGCCUCAACCCAAUACAUUGUUAGUGUAUUGGUUAAAUAAACACAAACCCCUCUCAAUUUGGUUCUUAUGUAUAUGACAACAUAUUUCCAACUAUAUAACCCAAGUUCCCGUAUAAUGUUAUUCAUUUAAUAAAUUCAUUCAA